AUGGCACUCGAUCCCCAAGAUCAGCAGCAGAGCCCCCUUGUCAGUGCUUCCCUCCUGCGGAAGAUCGAUAAACUCCGUGAGAAAAACAUCGGCAAGCAUGUCCCGUUGCCUCAGGUACGUCUCUCGCCACCCAAGAGCUCCGUGUUGUGCUCACCAAGUACCAAGCUCGUCGUCGUGGGCGACCAAAGCUCGGGCAAAUCGUCGCUCCUAGAAAGCUUGACGGGCAUCCCCUUUCCACGAGACGUGGAGCUGUGCACGCGCUAUGCGACCCAAAUCACCCAGAAGCGCGAUGAUGUCUCCCGUGUCGAAGUCACUAUCAUCCCGGGCCCCAAUGCCACCGAUGCGCACAAGAAACACGUGGAGGGAUAUCGCACAGAUGCGCUCUCUCCUGACGAUUUCCGGAGUAGAUUCCCAAGCAUCUUGCGUGAGGUCAACACCAGGAUGGGCAUUCGAAUGAAGCCAAAUUCUGGUUCUGACUAUACGUCCGACGAACACUCCUCGGACGGCUACACAUCUGAUGACGCCUUCGGCCAGCGAACGCCAUCCACGACGCACGCAACUCCGCAAGUCAGCAGCGUGUUCAGCGAGGACAUACUCAAGAUCGAAAUCUGCGGCCCGUCGGUCGACUAUCUGACAGUGAUUGAUGUGCCGGGCAUCUUCCGCACCCCGACAGCAGGCGUCACGACCAGAGAAGACAUGGUCAUGGUCAGGAAUAUGGUGCGGUGGUAUAUCCAGGACAGCCGCACCGUCAUCCUGGCUGUGCUCCCCAGUAACAUCGACAUCGCUAACCAGGAGAUCCUGACCAUGGCGGAAGAGUACGACCCCAACGGCGAGCGCACGCUAGGCAUCCUGACGAAGCCCGACCUGGUCCCGGAGCAGAGCGCGCAGGCCGCGGUUUGCAACAUUGUCCGCGGCAAGAAGAAGCAGCUGACGCUGGGGUACUACGUCGUACGAAGCCGCGGCGCAGACCAGGACGAUAGCGAGUUUGGGCGUCGGGAAGACAUGUUCAAGCAGGCGCCUUGGAACACCCUUCCACCCGAGAGGGUUGGUGUCCAGGCGCUCAAGGCGCGCCUCGCCGAACUCCUCGGACACAUGGCUCGGCGAGAGUUUCCGAAGCUGCGUAAGGAAAUCAACGAUAUGCUCCAGAGUGCCGAACGGGAGCGGGAUGCGCUUGGUCCUUCCCGGAAGGAUGAGCACGAGCAGCGCCGGUUCUUGAGCGGCAUCGCUGGGAGAUUCCAGGACCGCGUCAGACAAGCGCUCGAGGCACAGUACGCUGGUGAUAGCGCGUUUGAGAAUUCGAUCCAGCUCCGUCUUGUGACGCAGGUGGUCAACCUUGCCGACGAUUUCAGUGAGGAAUUUGAGGACAUGGCAGUUCUCCGUGAAUUCGAGACCAUUGGCGAAGAGGAGACCGAGGAUUUUGGCCCACAGAGCUGCUCGACCACGAACGCCAUUCUGGAGUUCGCUCAGGCCAUCGACCCAGACGAUUACCCCGAGCUUGAGAGCAUCAUUAGCCACGAUUUUGAUGUCAGCGAGCCGGAAGAUGGCAUCAUGGACUGGAUCAGAGACCUCUACACGCGGUCUCGCGGUAUGGACCUCAGCACAGUCAACAGCUCUGUCUGGGCGGGUGCGUGGAGAGAGCAGUCGAACAAGUGGCCGAUCAUGAGCAAGGCGUUUAUGAGCAGAGUCAUCGUGGCCAUCCACCGGUUCAUCAUGGCUGCGCUUGACGACGCUUGCUCGGAUCGCACCGUACGUGAGGAGCUGUGGACAACAAUUCUCGACGAACUGCUGCGGCGAUACGAGGUGGGCAUGGCGGCGGCCGAGGUCCUUGUGUCUGCGGAGCGAGACGCCAGGCCAUACACGCUGGACUGCCACUUCAACGAGAGUCGCCAACGGUCGCGCGGCGAGCGGGUCGUGGCAAGCCUACAAAAAUUAGCCAUCCACGAAGACGGCGAAGGCAAUCACCUUGUUACUGUGGACCGGGUCCGGAAUGCCACCGAGAAGCAGUCAAACAUCGAAGAUGUGGUCGAGAAGCUCCACGACGACCUCAGUGCGUACUACGGCAUCGCCAAAAAACGGUUUGUUGAUAAUCUACUAAACCAGGCGGUCAACUACCGCCUACUCUUUGGGCCGUCCACACCACUGGGCGUGCUGAGCCAAGAGUGGGUGAUUGGUCUGGGGUCGGAUCAGCUUGAGGCCAUUGCGGGGGUUUCGAAGGUCCCCCCUGUAAUUGACACCACAAGCAUCAUCAACCACCUUCCACCCUCUGGCGCACAGCAGCAAUGCGCCGCCAUUGUCGCGACGGCAGCACCAAUGUCAGCCCUCCCCAAUGGCGCCGCCAACACCACAACUACCAAGAUGCCUGCCGUCAAUAGCAGUAGCAGCAGCAGCAUCGCAUCCCAUGCCCACCUUUCCACCAUGACCACAUCCGCAACCAUGGCCACAACCACCCCCUCCACGAAACAACAACCCUCCAAAAAAGACACCGACCCCUCCGCCGCCCUCCGCACCGCAACAACCUCCUCCGAGAUCCGCACCGCCCUCGCCGCCCUCCACGCGCGCGAAACCAACCUCACCAGCCAACUCACAAGCCUCCUCUCGACCCACUCAGACCUCACCCGGUCACUCUCACGACUCGACAACCUGCGGGCGGGGCUGGGCGCGCAGGUGCUGUCAGCGCGGGGCAUUUCCAACACGAUGCUGGCGGGGGCGUCGGACACGGCGGCGCGGCUGUCGGGCCGGGUGCGCGCGCUGGACCUCGAGAAGCAGCGCGUCGAGGACACCCUGCGCGUCGUCUCGCUGGUCGCCGAGCUCAAGGCCUGCGUCGCCGGCGUCGUCGGCAGCAUGGGCGCGCCCCAGGACUGGGAGGCCGCCGCGGGCUAUAUUAGUCGCGCCGCCCGCGUGCCUGAGGAUAUUGUGCGGGGGGGCUUUGCGGCCGCGGUGGUGCCGACUGUGGAGGUGCCCGACCCGCCGUGGGUCACGCUGGAGCAGGCGAGGGAGAGCCUGUGCAGUUUGUUCUUGAGGGAGUUCAAGAAGGCCGCUGCGGAGGGGGAUGCCGCUAAGGUGACGCGGUUCUUCAAGCUGUUUCCCUUGAUUGGGAGGGGGGAUGUCGGGUUGGAUGUCUAUGGGCAGUAUGUCUGCCAGGGCGUGGCGGGCGAGGCGAGGGCUUCCUUGAAGGAAGGUACCGUCCCUGGGGGUGGACAGGGUAGGAAGGAUGGCGUAUUCUUUGCCAACGCCCUAACGAGGCUCUUUGAUCACAUUGCCCGUAUCGUGGAAGCUCAUGGCGGGCUCGUGGAGAGACAUUAUGGGGCGGGGAAAAUGGUCAGGGUCAUUGAGAGGCUUCAGAUGGAAGCUGAUGUCCAGGGCGGUAUUAUCCUGGACUCGUGGAGCGACGACCGGACGGUGGACCGGCGACUGACGGACGUUAAAAGCUAUCCCUUUUCCUUUUUAGUGCAAAGCUUCCUACCGCAACAGCGAGGCUUUGGAGGGACGCCGCGGGUGAACUCGCCGGCGCUUGGCGCUCAAAUCAACGAUGUGCGCAACAGCGAGGAUGAAGGCGUCAAUAUGAGAGAGGUGGACGGGCUGUUGGUGGAGAUUGCCGCCAUGCUCGAGAAGUGGUCGGUUUACUCACGGUUCCUGGCUGGGAAGUGCACGGAGCCUGGUUCGGCUGACGACACGCCACUCACCGUGCCCGACGUCCUCGUCAAGUCCAACCUGAGCCGCAAGGUAUCGGGGAAGCUUGCGGAACCAUACAACGCACUAACAACGUUUUUCUUCCGGCGGUCUGUCGAAAAGGCCUUCCAGCUAGACGAGUCUCCAAGCGGGCUAUCCUUGAGCAUGAACAAGCCAAUAGAUAGUAACCCCCCGUUCAUCAUCUCGGCCGUCGACGUCGUCAUGUACAUCGUCAACACCGUCAUCCGCAGGUCCAUUUCAACGUCUCAGCGAGGUGUCAUCGACUCCGUCAUCCCAACAAUAUCAAGCCUUCUCGGCUCCGACUUCGUUGGUAUGAUCCAGCGCAAGAUGCGCGACGAAUCUUAUCCAAAAGCCUCUGUGCCCGGCAACCUCCCACCCGAGAACAUCAUCAUCUCCUUCAUUGUCCUCAUCAACAGCCUAGACAUGGCCAACGACUACCUCGACCGCAUCGUUUCCAACUUCCUCAAACCCACAGACCAACAACACCCUAACGGAGCAGCGCACACAAAGCCACUCCAGGACGCGUUCCCCUUCCACAACGACGCCGCCAACGUCGCCACGCGCCUCACCAACCUCAACAUCUCCUUCACCGUCAAAACCACAGAGCUCCUAACCGAGGGCGUCAGGGCGCUCUUUCAGCAAGUAAUCAAGCCGCGGCUGCGACCAGUGCUGGCUGACACGUUCCGCGACGCCGACUACACGCUGGGGGAGGAGGAGCUGGCGGAGCUGGCGGCGCAGAGCGACCAGACCGAGGACGAGCUGCUGGAGCAGGUGCCGCGCGCGUUCGAGCACGGCUGGGACGCCCUCAUGCGGCCCGUCGCCCGCCUCAUGACCCCGCGCACCCACGCCGCCCUGCUGGACCUGACUGCCGACUACCUCGCCCGCGUGCUGGAGAAGCGCGUCUGGAGCUAUGCCGGCGGUCGGACGAGUGUUUGGGCGGACGGCGCAGGUGUUGAUGGUGGCGAAUAUGGAGGAUGA